AUGAAGAGACAUCUAAGCACCGUUCUCUGUCUAAUAUCUCUAGCAAGGAAUCUACCACUAGUUUACGGCAAUCCAGUGCUACCGCAACCACUGGUUCUCUCAGGACUCAGUCUAAACUGGCCCUGUCAAAGCACGAAAAACAUCUACGAGACCAGCGGACGUUACAUCUCCAGAAACGUGAUCGCAACCAGGGCUCAGAUAUACAAAGACGAAGCGAUUUUAGCUCUACCACGUUACAAACCAGGUGUACCCUUCACAUUGGGCGUUGUCUCCCUGAAAUCACAAAGCUGCGAGCCAAAGAUAACUCCUUUCCCCUGUUGGGCUAUCCAAGAAGAAGGAAACUGUCAAGCUCUACAAAGCGCUGUCGAUAUCACGUUGGAUAUGCAAGGAAUCCUCUGGGUCCUCGACGUUGGUAUCGUCAACACUCUGGAGCAACCUGUGCGCAGGUGUCCUCCUAAGGUCGUUGGAAUAAACGUUAAGGAUGGAAAGGUUGUAAAAGUGAUCGAUUUGAGUACCCUAGUAGACAUUUCCUCCCGUCUGCAAUACAUGGCCGUGGACUACACGCAAGAUGGCCAGGUUUACGUGUACAUCUCCGACGCUGGUACCGGUGCUAUAAUCGUCUACAACGCUACAACUGAUCGUGGAUAUCGCGUGGUCCUGCCACCAGCAGUGACUUCAGGUUUGAACAAACCUGACGCGUUGUACAUUGCUCUGGUGAGAAGACAGAGCUGUGGUACUCCAGUUCUAUACUUCACUUACCUAAACUCGAACAGAAUGUUCGCCAUUAAAGCUGCGAACCUGAGAUCCGGAAACGCGAACGGUUCCAUAGUGGACAUUGGUGGAAAGAGGAACAAGAUUGUGAUACUUGGAACCGACAACGGUUCCGCCAUCUUCUUCAGAAUUAAGGGAGACUCGAAUAUCUAUAUGUGGAACACCGACACUCCCUUCGUCAAGGAUAACUUCCUGUUAGUGGAGAAGGCUGGAGAAUGCCGGCUACCAACUGCAGUUAUUCCUGGAUACAAGGGACUGAUGUGGGUGAUCGAGAGUAACUUCCAAGAUUAUAUCGAGAACUCUGUCAGCUGUUCUGGAGCUUCAGUCGCUCUCCAUCCUCUCUUGAACUCUUGCGAGGAUUCGUAUUAG